GCUUCACUGAGUGGAGGAAAAUCCUGCCAUCGGGAUGAUAUUGAUCACAUAGCACAACCGAGUGACAAUUUGGGUUGGUAUUUUGUUUUUGUGUUUAUGAAGCAGUCAGAACUUCUGGAAGCGAUGACUCUUGCAUUUUGUGGCAACGACAAUGCUUCAGCCUACAAUAUCAGUGCUGGUGUCCUAAGAAAUGUCUGCUUUGUGGAUGCUCUCAACUUGGUUCCUCAUGUCUUCUUGCUCUUUAUCACCUUCCCUAUUUUGUUCAUUGGCUGGGGAAGCCAAAGCUCCAAAGUCCAGAUUCACCACAAUACGUGGCUGCACUUCCCUGGCCACAACCUGCGCUGGAUCCUGACCUUCACCCUCCUGUUUGUCCACGUGUGUGAAAUAGCAGAGGGCAUAGUUUCUGAUACACAAAUGAAAUCUCGCCAUCUGCAUCUCUUUCUGCCAGCUAUAAUGGGAUUUGUGGCUGCCACAGUAUCCAUAGUCUAUUACCAUAAUAUUGAAACAUCUAACUUUCCAAAGUUAUUGUUGGCUCUCUUUCUUUACUGGAUAAUGGCUUUUGUCACCAAGACAAUCAAGCUUGUCAGGUACUGCCAGGAUGGUGUGCCUUUUUCUCAGCUGCGUUUCUGCAUCACUGGAAUUCUGGUCAUUCUCUACGGGCUCCUGAUGGCCGUGGAGAUCAAUGUUAUCCGAGUUAGGAGGUAUGUUUUUUUCAUGAACCCUCAGAAAGUAAAGCCACCAGAGGACCUACAGGACCUGGGGGUGAGGUUUCUGCAGCCAUUUGUCAAUUUGCUCUCAAAGGCAACUUAUUGGUGGAUGAAUACUCUCAUUAUAUCUGCUCACAAGAAACCUGUGGACCUGAAGGCGAUCGGAAAGCUUCCAAUUGCAAUGAGAGCUCUGACAAAUUAUGUUUGUCUCAAAGAAGCAUAUGAGGAACAAAAGAAAAAGGUGGCAGAGCAGCCCAACCGGAGCCCCUCCAUAUGGUUAGCCAUGUACAGUGCUUUUGGACGACCAAUUCUUCUCAGCAGCACGUUCCGUUACUUGGCUGACUUGCUGGGCUUUGCUGGGCCAUUGUGCAUUUCUGGCAUUGUCCAGGGCUUCCAGAACACAACCAAUAAUACAAAUACAACAGAAAAG